AGGCACUAUUGAAGCCAGCCGCGAUAUCUCGAUCAACCUAGUCAUUGAUGAGGACUAACUUAGGCUUGCAUCUCUGCCUUCCAUGGAGUGUGUGUAUGUAAGAACCUCGGCAGUUGGGGGCACAUGACUUGGCUUAUCUCUUAUCGGAGUCCCGGUGACAAGUUCUCCGGCCCAAAGAGGAAUAGUCCAGCCUGGUCAACAUCUAACCGUCCGUUGCCAACUUCUUGUUGCUCUUGUUCACUCUUCGCUGUCUUCAGCCUGUUUUCCUUUUUCUUUUUCUCUCCAUUUUAGCCAUCUUUGCAUUCUUUUCUUUCUGUAGUUUUGAUUAUACAAUAGGCAGCAUUCAUACAUCAGCGUUAUGGCUUGGUACAAUCAAACAGUCGAUUCACUUUCCGAUCUCUUGGCAAGCCACCGCAGCCAACUGCCGAUACUGGCUGCGACAGGCGCCUCAUUGACUGCAGCAUUUGUCCUGCGCUCGUUUCUAUCGGACUCCCAACCGGAGAACAACAUUUACCGAUCUCCUCUGGCCAAGGUGAAAACCUUGUCCGGUGAGGAAAGUCGCGAGCUUCCUCUGCCCAUCGACGUUCUUCCGGGGGCCCGCGAUGUUCCCACCAGCUUUGGUGGCUCAAUGCGUAUAUAUGAGUGGGGUCCGGAGAAUGGCCCCAGAGUUUUGAUGAUUCACGGCAUUACAACACCGUGCAUUGCAUUAGGCGGGCUAGCCCAUGCCCUGGUGGAUCGCGGCUGCCGUGUAAUGCUCUUCGAUCUUUUCGGAAGAGGAUAUUCCGACUGUCCCUCGGACUUGCCACAGGAUGGCACCCUGUGGAAUCGACAGAUUUGGUCCGCCAUCAACUCGUCUCCCGUCUUCAAGAAGCCGGGUGACCUCUGCCUGGUCGGUUAUUCGUUGGGCGGCGGUAUUGCGGCCAACUUCGCCGCUUUUCAUCCUCAGGCUCUUUCCUCGCUGGUUCUACUGGCCCCGGCUGGCUUGAUUCGCGACUCUCGGAUCAGCUUUCAGUCUCAGCUUCUCUACUCGCAUGGUUGGAUUCCGGAGAAACUCCUCAAGUUCUUUGUCCGGCGCCGCCUACGAGCAGGUCCAUUGACUUCCAAGCCUGCAAACAAGAAGAUCAGCGCAGAGGAUGCUCUGGUUGAGGAACUUCCAUCCCAAGGUACUGUGCAAGCACAACGACUGUCUCGGUCUUACCCACAUGUCAAUGUCCCUAGUACCGUCAAGUGGCAGGUGGACGAGCACCCUGGAUUCGUGCAUGCCUUUAUGUCCAGCAUGCGGUAUGGACCAAUUCUGCAGCAGCGCCAACUGAAAGUGUGGAAGCAGUUAGGAGAUUGGCUCGCCGCAGCCAAAGAGGCUGGCUCGAAUGCAAUGCCCGGUCUUUCUCAUGAUAAGGUCCUCAUUAUGUACGGCGAGCACGAUGCGGUCAUUGUCAAGGACGAUCUUAUUCCCGAUGCAACUGCAGCAUUACAAGGUCUUGCGAGCUUUAAGUCUUACGAUGCGGGCCAUGAAUUCCCAAGCACAAAAUACGAUGAUGUGGCACAAUAUAUGAUGGAAUUUCUGCAGCUCAAUCAUUCGACAAAUGAACUUUAUUGAAAGGAACAGGCCCUAUAUGAGAUUCUGUCAUAGUUCUCACUUCUUCUCGAUAUAUGUUGUCCGACACAACUCUGCAUUGAACAUGACCCCUAAUAGACUCUGUACAUAGACAAAUCUUCGGUUGUUCGAAUUCUAUCACGUCUCCAACUUCCUGUGUUGUACACUGAUUUGAGAUUCAGUACAUUCAUGAUUUCCGAAGAGCCUUUUCCGCCUCUUCGAGCUGGCUCGAAAGGCGCGAAAUGUGCUGGGAUCGAUCCUGCAUCCGAGCCUGGGCAAAAUAGGGCUCAUCUGCAGCUGGUGCUUGCUUGAAACGCUCCACCAUACUUCCGCUGGUGUCAUCGGGGAUUUGGCUCAGGUUUCCUGGGCUAAGACUGCUGAUGGUCUCGUUGCUAG